AUUUUUUCUGUAUCCUAACAGCCUUUGGUAGUGAAACCCGAUCAACUCAUAAAAAGACGUGGUAAAUUAGGUUUGAUUGGUGUUAAAAAGAACUUCCAAGAAGUACAACAAUGGAUUGGCGAACGUAUGAACAAAGAUCAAGCUAUUGGCAAUGCUGUGGGAAAACUAAGAAACUUUAUUAUCGAACCCUUUGUACCACAUACAGAUGCCGAAGAAAUGUAUGUUUGUAUUUAUUCUCAUCGUUCAGCCGAUACCAUACUCUUCUAUCAUCAAGGUGGUGUUGAUAUUGGUGAUGUAGAUGCCAAGGCUUUAAAGUUGGACAUACCGGUUAAUAGUGAGGUCACUAUGGAAGAUAUUAAGGCAAAGCUCUUAACUGAAGUGCCAGCUGGCAAAAAGGAACGCAUUGCUAAAUUUAUUUUUGCUUUGUAUAAAACUUUUGCCGAUUUAUAUUUUACUUAUUUGGAAAUUAAUCCUUUAGUGGUGACAGACGAUAGUAUGUUUAUAUUAGAUUUGGCGGCUAAGCUGGACUCUACCGCCGAUUUUAUAUGCCGUCCCAGAUGGGGUGAUAUUGAUUACCCACCACCCUUUGGACGUGAUGCUUAUCCUGAAGAAUCUUAUAUUGCUGACUUAGAUGCCAAGAGUGGGGCUUCUUUGAAGCUAACCAUACUUAAUAGAAAUGGUAGAAUUUGGACUAUGGUUGCUGGUGGCGGUGCUAGUGUUAUUUAUUCCGAUACUAUAUGCGAUUUGGGCGGUGCUUCGGAAUUGGCCAACUAUGGCGAGUACAGUGGUGCACCCUCUGAACAACAAACCUAUGAAUAUGCUAAAACUAUUUUGAAUCUUAUGACCUCUUCGCCCAAACAUCCCGAUGGCAAAAUUUUAAUUACUGGUGGUGGUAUUGCUAACUUUACCAAUGUCGCAGCCACUUUCCGAGGCAUUAUUACUGCCUUGCGGGAAUUCCAACCAAAAUUGGUUGAACACAAUGUGUCCAUUUUUGUGCGUCGUGCUGGACCUAAUUACCAGGAGGGUUUACGCAAGAUGCGCGAAUUUGGCAGCUCAUUGGGUGUUCCUCUACAUGUUUUCGGUCCUGAAACACAUAUGACUGCUAUUUGCGGCAUGGCAUUGGGUAAACGCCCUAUACCACAAACAACCAGUGCUGAAUUUUCCACUGCCAACUUUUUAUUGCCCGGUGGACAAAAUGCUCAACCGGAAUUGAGAACCUUAACUGGAGAUACUGGUAAUAAUGGUAAGUUUUAUGGAAAUAUUUUAAAAUAUUUUUGUUUUUCGAUUUAUUUUUUUCUAUACAAAUUUAUUCGUUUAACGGGAACAAGGAUUUUAUAGAUAGAUAGAUAGAUA